AUGGCCGCCGUGGACCCGCCGCCGCGCGGGGAGGCCGCGCCCGUGCUGAAGCGGAGCGCCAGCAUCGACGGGAUCCCGGAGGACGCGCGGCGCAUCCUGCACCGCCUCGCCGGCGACCUCUGGGGCGGCGACGUGGACCCCAGCGCGCUCACCGUGUCCCAGCUCAAGGGCGCCAUGACCAACGAGGUCUUCCGGAUCACCUGGCCCGGCGGCGAGGGCGACCCGCGCAAGGUGCUCGUGCGCAUCUACGGCCGGGGCGUCGAGGUCUUCUUCGACCGCGCCGACGAGGUCCGCACCUUCGAGUGCAUGUCGCGCCACGGCCAGGGUCCCCGCCUCCUUGGCCGCUUUGCCAACGGCCGCGUCGAGGAGUUCAUCUACGCCAGGACGCUCUCCGCGGCGGAUCUGCGCGACCCGGAGAUAUCCGCGCUGAUUGCCAAGAAGCUGCGGGAGUUUCACGAUCUCGACAUGCCUGGACCUAGGGACGUGUCAUUGUGGCAGAGGCUCAGGCGGUGGCUUGAGGAGGCUCGUGGCAGGUGUUCUGAGGAAGAGUCUAACCAAUUUCAGCUGAAUAAGCUACGCGAUGAGAUUGCAGUGCUGGAGAAGACGCUCUCGGGGGUCGAACAGUCAGUAGGAUUUUGCCAUAAUGAUCUGCAGUAUGGGAAUAUUAUGAUAUAUGAAGAGACCAGACAAGUCACCUUGAUUGACUAUGAAUAUGCGAGUUUUAACCCUAUUGCAUUUGACAUUGCUAAUCACUUUUGUGAGAUGGCUGCUGAUUACCAUACAGCGACACCACAUAUGUUGGAUUUUUCAAAAUAUCCUGACAUUGAGGAGCAGAGAAGAUUUGUUCAGACAUACCUUAGCUCCGCAGGUGAAAAGCCAUCAGAUGGGGAAGUUGAAAAACUACUAGGGUUGAUUGCAAAGUACACUCUUGCAAGCCAUCUCUUCUGGGGCCUGUGGGGAAUAAUCUUGGCACAUGUGAACAAAAAUAUCGACUUCGAGUACAAGGAGUAUGCAAGGCAACGCUUGGAUCAGUACUGGCAAACAAAGCCUGGAAUGCUUGGACCCAACUGA